AUCCUGGAGUUCGUAAAUAAAUUAAUAAUAGUUCGAUUUAUUAUUUGAAUUAAAAAUUAAAUUUAAGUUUAGCUUACAAUUGAUCUCAUAUAAAUGUUAUGAUGGCCAGCUUUAACUUGUCGGUCUAGCGAUGUGCCUAAGAAAGAAGAACAUUUAAUAAUUAUUAGAGGUUUAGAGUUCAGGUUUGAAAAUGGCUUUGGUCAACCCAUGUGAUAUGUUUAACGAAAAAACAAAAUGCCAUACAAUUUUGGACAAAAUAAAUACAUUAGACGAGAAUGUCGCAACUAAGCCACCGGAUAUUAAUGAUUUUACAAUUGUGAAGCCGAUAAGUCGAGGUGCGUUUGGUAAAGUUUUCCUAGCACAUAAAAAGAAUAACAAAGACCAAAUGUAUGCCAUCAAAGUAAUGAAAAAAUCUGAAAUGAUAAAUAAGAAUAUGGUAGCACAAGUUGUGACUGAAAGAAAUGCUUUGGCUCUAUCUAGGAGUCCUUUUUGUGUUCAUUUAUUUUACUCACUUCAGUCAAUAUCAUCUGUGUAUUUGGUAAUGGAAUAUAUGGUUGGAGGUGAUUUAAAGUCUCUUUUAGGAGUCUAUGGUUUUCUGGAAGAAGCUAUGGCUGUCUUUUAUAUAGCUGAAAUAACACUAGCUUUAGAUUAUUUACACAAACAUCACAUUGUACACAGAGAUCUGAAACCUGAUAAUAUGUUGGUAUCAAAAAGUGGUCACGUUAAACUCACUGAUUUUGGUUUAUCAAAAAUUGAGAUACAUAGAGAUUUAGAAAUAUCUGAUUUCGUAAAUAGAACACCAAGUUUAAACAUGAGGACACCUGGCCAGCUUCUAUCUUUAACUUCACACUUGUCAUUUGGCUCUGGCGGGGGAGAAAGCACACACAACUCUGUUAUCUCAAGUGAUGCCUGUGAGAACCUUCUUGAUGAACUUAAAGAAACCUGUAAAUUAAAGAAUUUGUUUGAUGGUAAAUGUGCAUCUGGAAGUUCAUCUGCUUUGGACCAGUCACAAUUAUCAGGAAUUCAUCCUUUCAUGAGUGCAGAAAGUAUUAGUUUGGAUGAGAAUGCUCUUCAGGAUUCGAGAUCAGGAUCUCAUAGUUCAUAUCACACAUGCGAGAGCUCUAAAAACAGCAGCAAUUCAAAGCACAGUAAAUCUACUGAUAUCAGCAACAACACUGAAUCUUCAAUUGGUGAAUCGGUACUAUCGGAUUCUCAGCACACUCAGCAUAAUCAAUCUACUUCACCUCUCUGCAGAGGACAUUCAUUGAAACGAAUACCAAGUUUCAGAGCAAAGAAACGCAAGCGAAUACUCGACUGUGACGGGGACACUCCGACCGGUGUGACUAGUCUUGCUGAAUCGAAAGAGAACCACAGCGGGCUCACACAAGAGAUAAUGGCUUUAGAAUUGACUCAAAACACGCCGAAACGAAUGUCCCUACAUCCAACACCUGACAGAAGGAAAAAUCCUCUGAAAGGUGUCUUGAAAAAAAGAUGGGCUUCACAAAACGACAGUCAUCACUUUAACGUGGGAGUAAUAUUCUCAACACCAGUGUCAAAUAAUAAAUCUGAAGCGACGAAGAAAAGGACGAAGGAGACCCGUUUCAACCUACCAAAGGAUGAUCUAGUUGAUUCUCUAGAUACAAAAAAGUGUGUCGUAUUCGGAAAACAUAUUUCGAAUAGUUUGGAGAUGUUUCCUGUGCGGAGAUUAAGUAAAGGGGAAGGAUGUAAAUCGCCUACAGAAAUGUGCAAGACUCCAUUAGCAGCUGUGCACACGCCGUACAGGACCCCCAAGAGUGUUAGAAGAGGCAAUCUUAUAUCAGACCAAAGAAUCCUGGGAACGCCUGAUUAUUUAGCACCUGAAUUACUAUUGAAGCAAGGCCACGGGCCGCAAGUCGAUUGGUGGGCAUUAGGAGUCUGCCUAUACGAGUUCAUGACGGGCGUACCACCUUUCAACGACGAAACACCGCAAGCUGUCUUCAAAAACAUACUGUCUAGAAAUAUCGAAUGGCCAGAAGGUGACGAAGCGUUAUCGCCCGAAGCUGUGAGUUCUAUCGAGGCUCUACUGACGAUGGAGCCGGCGGAGCGCCCGGCCGCCGCCGACGUGCGGGCCAUGCCCUUGUUCAGGAACGUUGACUGGGAGAACCAACUCAACACGGAACCGCCGUUCGUUCCCACGCCCGACGAUUUACAUGACACAGGAUACUUCCAAGCCCGCAAUAUUUUACAACAACUCCAAGUAUCAAAUUUCGACAUAUAAUUUUAAAUGUUCAUCAUAAACCUUUAACUAGUUGAGAAUGUUAGCUGCAUAAUAAUGAUCAGCGUGUUAAUCUAUAUGAAAAGUAUAAAUGUUAUAAUGUAUUUAUAAAUAACGUUGUAAUAAAAUUAUAUUAUUAAGUCCUUUAUUCUGAAGACUGAUUUUGUGUCAUUAUUAUUAACAAUAUGUAUUAUCGUUUCAGAACAAAAAAAUGUAUCUUUCACAGCAUAGGUGCUUCAAUUAUAUGAAUAAAUUUAA